ACUGAGUUCCACUGAUUUCUUCAUACUGUCAUGGGCUGCCUGCUGCUCUUUUGGCUGGCCAUGAUUUUAGCACAGCCUGGGAGGACUCAAGAGGACAACAGCUGGGUGGAGGAGGAAGACGACGUUUUGGUCCUGAACCAGCACAAUUUUGCCCAGGCUCUGCAGACAUACAAGCUGCUCUUGGUGGAAUUCUAUGCCCCCUGGUCUGGGCACUGCCAGGCCCUGGCCCCUGAGUAUGCCAAAGCAGCAGCAGUGCUAAAGAACGAGACUUCUUCCCUGGUGAGGCUGGCCAAGGUGGAUUGCACAGAGGAGCAGGCACUGACUGCAGAGUUUGGAAUCGCUGGGUACCCUGUCCUCAAACUCUUUCGAGAUGGGAACCGCACCCACCCCAUGGACUUCCCAGGUCAGCGAGAUGCUGUGGGAAUAGUUGAGUGGCUAAAACGGAAAGCUGGGCCCAGUCUGGUGCUGCUUGAAGAAGCUGAUGCAGUGGCUGCUUUCCUGGAUCUCCACAAUGUUGCAGUAGUUGGAUUCUUCCAGGAUUUGCAGGACCCAGAUGUGCGCCUCUUCAGCGAUGUGGCCAGUGACAUUCCUGAGGUGGCCUUUGCCCUCACAGACAACUUGAAGCUCUUCCAGAAGUACAAUAUUACUAAGGACACCAUCUCUCUCUUUCGGAAGGAUGAUGGCCAGCGGGUAGAUUUCUUGGCUGAUUCAGAGCUAGGCCUGGAUGCAGAUGAGCUGGCUCAAUUCAUUUCUAUGCAGAGCCUAGACCUGGUGAUGGAGUUCACAAAUAAGAACUCCCCCAAGAUAUUUGGGGCAAGGAUCCCAAACCAUUUGCUGCUCUUCAUCAACAAGUCAGUGGAUUCCCAGCUGGGGCUCCUGGGCCCCUUUCAGGAGGGAGCCACCACAUUCCGAGGUCAGGUGCUUUUUGUGCUGGUCAAUGUCAACGGGGAAGGGGCCAGCGUGUUGCAGUACUUCGGCCUUAAGGGCCACGAUGCUCCCACCCUCCGCUUCAUCAAUAUUGAGACCAACAAAAAAUACCAUCUAGCCACAGAAGGGCUCACCGUGCACGGCCUCCACACCUUUUGCCAGGAAGUUCUGGAGGGGAAAAUUCAGCCCCACCUAAUGAGCGAGGAGAUCCCCAGUGACUGGGAUAAGAAGCAGGUGAAAGUCGUGGUGGGCAAGAACUUUGAGCAAGUGGCAUUUGAUGAAACCAAAAAUGUGUUUGUGAAAUUCUAUGCCCCUUGGUGCCCCCAUUCGAAGGCAAUAGCACUGGCCUGGGAAGAGUUAGGGGAGAAAUACAAAGAUCACGAGGAUAUUGUAAUUGCAGAAAUGGACGCCACGGCCAACGAAGUGGCGGAUCUGACCAUCCAUGGCUACCCAACGCUAUACUUCUUUCCUGCAGGGGUGGGCCGGCAGGGGAUCGAGUACACGAGUGCCAGAGACCUCGAAAGCUUCUCAAGGUUCCUGGAGGAAGGAGGGAAGCUCCUCUCUGACGAGGAGAGCGGAGCUGCUGAGACCCCCCAAAAGCCAAAGCAGGAUGGGACGAGUGCACCGGAGACCACAGAGUCCAGGGAUGAACUGUAGAUCCUGCUGGCACCUCCUGAACCCCACUUUCCACACGAUGUCUCCACGAUGUCAUAAGCAAUAUAAAUG